AUGGACUCGACAGCUGCUCCUCGUCCUCGACCGAGGCCUGCGCACACGCAAGGCACGACUCGAUGCGCAUACACCAAGGAUGGCAGCCGGCUGGUCACCGUGGGCUCCAACAACACCAUCCGGCUCUACAAGACGGGCUCCGACGGCGAACCGACAAACAUUGACGAUUGCCAGGAGCAGAACGUUGCUGUGGCUGCGGCUCAGGACUUCUUCGUCGUCGGCUCCGAGGACGGCACCGUCAGCCUGUACUCGCUCGCCACGUCCAACUUUGAGCGCUUCCUCGUGCGAACGUCGCUCCCGGUGCGAGAUGUGGCGCUUUCCGCAGACUCGCAGUGGUGCGCCGUAGCCAGCGACGAGUUGACCGUCAAGGUGGUGAAUACGCAGGACAUCAAGCAGCUGCGGCACCUCAACGAGCACGGCCGCGCCGCUCGAUAUGUCAGCCUGGAUCCCAACGGCCGGAUUGCCGCCAUAUCCUGCGUGGACGGAAUCAUAUACAUCUACUCUCUGACGGCAGAGCAGCCUGAGCUGAUACACAAGGUGGACGGGGUGAUUGGCGCUGGGGAUGCAGAUUCAGAAGCUUCGGUCAAGGCUGUAUGGCAUCCAGACGGCAGGGCAUUUGCUGUCGCGACGCCGACGCGGGAUAUCCAAGUCGUAUCCAAGAACGACUGGGAGAAGCAGCGCUCCUUUACCAAUGGCCACUCGGCAGAUAUCACCGCCCUCGCCUGGUCGCCCAACGGCGUCAUGCUGGCGUCGGCCUGCAAGGGCGGAAAGGUCCUGAUCUGGGAGACCAGCACGCAAAACGUGAUUCAGCGUUACGAGUAUUCCAACGUCAUCGACCUGGCGUGGCACCCGUCCAAAAACAUUCUCUCCUUCACGACGGCGGAGGGAGAGGUGUACAUAUACCCCGACUUUCUCUCCGACCAAUACUCUCCGAUGCUGAAGCUGCCGGUGCAGCCAGCGCCCUUUAUCCACGAUCCCCUAUUGGAAAUAUCUGCCAACAGAAGGGCUCCGGCGGUCAAUGGCCAGAAGCGCGACAUUCCCACGCGUCCUCGCCGAGACUCUUUGGGCAGUCUUGACUCAUAUCUAGAGGAUGAAAACUAUGCAGAUGGCGAUGACGAUGGCUUUGUUGUUGAUGACGACGGUGCUGGGUAUACAACCGGCCAGAAGAGAGGCCGUGUGGGUGAUGAAGGUGCCGGUGACUACGCCAACAAGAGGAGGCAUCUCCUGGAUCCCCAGUAUCACGAGGCGUUUCAGCCCGGGUCAACACCAUGGAGGGGGAACCGAAAGUAUCUCUGCUUGAAUCUCAUUGGAUUCGUCUGGACAGUGGAUCAAGACGGGCACCAUACCGUCACCGUGGAGUUUUACGACCAUGAGUUUCAGAGAGACUUUCACUUCACAGACACCUUUCUGUACGACAAGGCAUGUCUCAAUGAGCGAGGCACUCUGUUCUCGUGCCCCCCAAAAGACGAUCAGCCGGCGACUAUAUUCUAUCGUCCUCAUGAAACCUGGACGCAGCGAUCCGACUGGCGGACACAGCUUCCCAAGGGGGAGGCCGUUACAGCCAUGUCACUGAGCGAGUCCUUUGUUACUGUCGUGACGAGCGCCAACUAUGUGCGCAUUUUUACACUGUUUGGAAUACCGUACCGGGUCUAUCGCCCCAAGAGCACGCCCAUGGUUACAUGUGCCAGCUGGAGAGAUUACGUUCUCACGAUAGGCAACGGCCCUGUCACGGCUGACGGAAACACACGCCUCCAAUAUACCAUUGAGAAUGUCAAGAGGGACGAGAUUUGCCAGAACGAAGACACAGUGGCACUUCCCGAAGGCGCAACUUUGAAGAGCGCCUUCUUUUCUGACAUUGGUGAUCCUUGUAUUUAUGACUCGACGGGGACGCUGCUGACAUUGCUGCACUGGCGUCAGCCGUCACGGGCCUCUUGGGUGCCUCUUCUAGAUACCAAGCUUCUAUCCCGUCUUGCCUCUGGUCGAAAGACUGAGACGUAUUUCCCCAUUGCCGUGGCGGAAAACAAAUUCCACUGCAUUAUCCUCAAGGGUGGCGACCAGUACCCAUACUUUCCUCGGCCGCUGCUCUCGGAGUUUGACUUUUCGAUUCCCCUGCACUCACUGGAGGAACCCAAGUCAAAGAAGAGCAAGGAAAAUUCAGGUAAUGGGGAGGAUGACGCAAUGGACGAAGAUGAUGACGAGGAGGAGGAGGAAGGCGCCGAGACGAAGAAACUGGAGCAGCUGUUCAUGCUCAAGGGCGUGCAGGCAGCUCAGCUCCGUGACCUUGUCGAGGCCACCAGCGGAAGUCAUUCCCAGCGCUCUCUGUUAUCGCGGGUCGAGCUGGAGAUUGACAAGACGCUUCUGCAGCUCCUGGCGGUGGAGUGCCGCGAAGGCGAGGAUAGGGGCAUGCGUGCGCUCGAGUUGGUGGAACUGAUGCGUGACCGCACUGGCCGGAUGAUGGAGGCGGCGUACAAAGUUGCAGAGCGGUACGGGCGUACGAUUCUGGGGGAGAAGAUUCGGGAGGUUGGAGAGAAUAGGGUGAGUGGUGACGAUGAUUUGUGA